GCAUGCCGUGCGAAAAAGGACCUCGUCACAAAACAAAACAGGCUGUGACUUCUGUGUGAAACAACGACUAUUUUUGCACUAAUAGUCACGAAAAAGCUAUUUUUAAAUCUCCGUUUAUUGCGGAAUAUUCACUCCCUAUCGUCGAGCAAGCGACGCAAUUACGCCUGACAAGCUAUUAUGAUGAAAAGAGCUGACGCCACUCACUUGCUGGGUGUGAAGAGGAAACUUGAGGACAGCAGCUCAGAUGAAGACUCCAAAUUGUCCAGACAAGACUCCAGCCAGAAUGAAUCUCUGAGCGACCAAGAAGAACCCCGAGCCGGAUUCUCCAUGCCGUCCGUUUUAGUCCACGGCAGGGACACGGACUCUUCCCCGAAGGGCUCCAAGUUCUCCAUGUAUAACAGCGUCUCACAAAAACACACGGCAAAAUUGGGCUUCGGUGAGGGCGACAGCCUCGGACAGAGUCGCAGGGAGAUAGUGGAGGUGUCCACUCAGCGAGCCGAAGUCUCUUCGCCGGUCCAUGGCAGGGACACGGAUUCACCCCCGAAGGACUCAAAGUUCUCCAUGUAUAACAGUGUCUCACAAAAGCUCAUGGCAAAAAUGGGCUUCCGCGAGGGGGACGGUCUCGGCAAAUUUGGCCAGGGUCGCAGGGAGAUUGUGGAGGCGUCCACUCAGCGGGGGAGGCGGGGUCUCGGUUUAACUCUACAGGGAUUUCAAGGGGAGCUCAAUGUUGACUGGCGAGAUGAACCUGAGCCCAGCGCCACAGAGAAAGUAGACUGGUUCCCAGAAUGCACCACAGAAAUUCCUGACGCGGAGGAACUGCGGGACUGGAUGACAGUAGGGCCAAGAAAAAUGAAGAUCGAAGAUGAAACUGAGUUCUGCACCGAAGACCUUUUGCACACUCUUCUCAGGUGCAAGACGGUGUUCGACAACCUGGAACGCGAGGAGAUGAGGCGAGCGCGUACUCGUUCCAACCCUUACGAGACCAUCCGAGGAGGGAUCUUCCUCAACAGAGCAGCUAUGAAAAUGGCCAACAUGGACUACUGCUUCGACCACAUGUUUACUGACCCAAAAGCUCCAGAUGGGAAACCGUUAACCCACGACAACACCAGCGAGCUUCUGUACUUCGGCGACGUGUGCGCGGGGCCCGGCGGCUUCUCAGAGUACAUCCUGUGGAAGAGACGCUGGCACGCCAAAGGCUUCGGCAUGACGCUGAAGGGGCCGUGUGACUUUAAACUGGAAGACUUUUACGCCGCGCCUAGCGAGCUGUUUGAGCCUUACUACGGUGAAGGAGGCAUAGACGGCGACGGUGACAUUUCCCAGCCGGAAAACGUGACAGCCUUCCGGAACUUUAUAUUAGACAGCACUGAGGGGAGGGGGUUACACUUCCUCAUGGCGGAUGGGGGAUUUUCCGUAGAAGGUCAGGAAAACCUUCAGGAGAUUGUGACCAAACAGCUGCUGCUCUGCCAGUUCCUUACUGCUCUAUCAACAAUCAGGACAGGUGGCCAUUUUGUGUGUAAAACCUUCGAUCUCUUCACACCUUUCAGCGUGGGUUUAGUUUACUUGCUCUACCUCUGCUUUGACCGCGUCUCGCUCUUCAAACCCGUGACCAGUCGGCCUGCCAACUCCGAGAGGUACGUGGUAUGCCGAGGUUUAAAACCAGGCUCGGACGCGGUAAGGGAGUACAUGUUCCGUGUCAAUUUGAGGCUCAAGCAACUGCGGGACACGGAAAAGGACGUAACAGAUGUGGUCCCUCUCAGCAUCAUCAAGGAGGACACUGACUUCUACCACUUUAUGGUCAACUCCAAUGAGAGUCUAUGCGCCGUCCAAAUCAAAGCCCUGGCCAAGAUCCACGCAUUUGUUUUAGACCCGUCGCUAUCGGAACCGAGACAAGCCGACAUCCGCAAGGAGUGUCUCAAGCUGUGGGGGGUGCCCGACAAGGCCAGGGUCACGCCGGCGUCCUCCGACCCAAGGUCCAAAUUCUACGAACUGGUCAAGGAUCCCAACGUGGAGUUGUUCAAAAGCAACGUCACAACUCUAAACUCCAGCAACAUUCAAAAGCUGCGACGCGUCUUGGACUACAGGUGCAUUGUGGGAGGCGGCGAGCAGAUUUUCCUUCUAACGCUUGGCAAAUCUCAAAUUUACACAUGGGACGGCAAGAUGCCUCCACGUUGGCAGAAGCUGGAGAACUUCAAGCUGGAGCUUCCCAGAGAUUCUCUACUCAGCGUGGAGAUUGUGCAAGAGCUGAAGGGCGAGGGCAAAGCGCAGCGGCGGAUCAACGCUGUCCACGUGAUGGACGCGCUCAUUCUCAACGGCACGGACGUGAGAGAUCAGCACUUCAACAAGCGGAUCGAGAUGGCUGAGAAGUUUGUGAAGGCUGUGGCCAAACCCAGUAGACCGGACAUGAACCCCAUCAGAGUGAAGGAGGUGUACAGGCUGGAGGAAAUAGAGAAGAUCUUUGUCCGACUUGAAAUGAAGGUGACGAAGGGUUCAGGAGGAGUCCCACGUCCGUCCUACACGGGCCGAGAUGACCGUCACUUCCUUCCCAGGGGCCUCUACAUCAUCAAAACCACCAACGAGCCGUGGAUGAUGGCGCACAGCAAGACCCACAACAAAAAGUAUUUCUAUAACAAGAACACCAAAGUGUCCUCCUUUGACACGCCGCCAGACGCCGCGUCACCGUUCCACGUGUGCCACGGCGAACGUCUCUUCUGGGCGUGGGAGGGCGGAGUCAUAGUGCACGACUCGCAGACGCGCGUGGACGACGAAAAGCUGUCCAAAGAUGAUGUGCUGGCGUUCAUCCGCCACAACCACCAGCUGCGACCUUUGCACGACUGCCGUUAGCAAACGGAUUUGAUAUUGCGAAGCUUUUUUAUAACGUCAUUUGUUUUUAGAAUGGCAUACAGGUGUAAGGUUCCUAUUUUUGCGCACUUUGUACAUAACAGACUUGUCAUGCUGCGUUUUUUUUUUGUGUGUGUGUGUGUGUGUGUGUGUGUGUGUGUGUGUGUGUGUGUGUUUUCAGGACAGCACUGACAUUAUCCUAUAAAAAAAGUAGGGUGUGUAUUAUGAAAUUAAAUCAUGUAGCAGCAUUUGUUGUUCAUUUCCGUUUGUCUGAAAACUUUCCCCCCCUUUUUUUUUUUUUGGGCUAAUAUAAUCUCAGAAUCCCCUCUGUUACUGUCCUAAAUGUCACGGGUAAUGAAAUCAAUCUACAAUGCAUCUAUUAAAGAGAAAAACAUGCUAUUUCUUAAUGGACAAAUGGAUAUGUUUUUUUGCACUGUCAAAAUUUUUGUUCUUCCUCACACACUAUGACAAUAUUUCACUGCAACACCUCUGUAAAUAAAUAAACUAGGGCUGUCAAAAUUAUCGCGUUAACGGGCGUUAAUUAAUUUUUUAAAUCAAUCACGUUAAAAUAUUUGACGCAAUUAACGCAGAUGCCCCGCUAAGAGAGAUUUAAAUGACAGUACAGUGAAACUCGUUGUGUUUUAUGGAGUUUUGCCGCCCUCUGCUGGCGCUUGGGUGCGACUGAUUUUAUAGGCUUCAGCACCCAUGAGCAUUGUGUAAGUAAUUAUUGACAUCAACAAUGGCAGACUACUAGUUUAUUUUUUGAUUGAAAAUUUUACAAAUUUUAUCAAAACGAAAACAUUAAGAGGGGUUUUAGUAUAAAAUUUCUAUAACUUGUUCUAACAUUUUUCAUUUAAGAACUACAAGUCUUUCUAUCCAUGGAUCGCUUUAACAGAAUGUUAAUAAUGUUAAUGCCAUCUUGUUGAUUUAUUGUUAUAAUAAAUAAAUACAGUCCCUAUGUACCGUAUGUUGAAAGUAUAUAUCCAUCUUGUGUCUUUCCUUUCCAACAAUA